GCAUCGCCGUAUCGUGUAAAUUAAUUUAUCAGUCAACCAUCGAAAUUAAGUGCAUGUCUGUUUCGGAAAACGCGAUGGCCGACACUUCCAGUGAUUUGGACGAGACGCCCAGCAUCGAGUGUUUUCAAAACUACACCGCGCCUGAGGUAUUCAUACAGGGCAUCGCAGGCAUUGUCAACCAAGAAGACGUUGAGUCCAUGAUCAUCGCACAAAAAGAAAUGUUACAGCGUUUUGAGAAGACCAAUGAAAUGUUGACCAAUUGUAAUUCUCUGUCCAUGAGCCAUCUGAAGACGACCAGCCAAGAGAUAAAGAAGCACACUCAAAUACUCACUGAACUACGGAAAGACUUGGACAGUACUUUUAAAAGAAUAUCUACGAUGAAAACAAAGAUUAUGUCGCAGUAUCCAGAUUUACAAAAAAGCAUUUCAGAAGCAAAGAAAAAAGAGUUGGAACAAAAGCCUGUUGAAAGUUCGUCAAGUGGUAGUGCUAGUACAGCUUCUCCGUAUAAUUCUGAUACUAAUUGA